GAGGGAAAGGGAAUUGGCUGCCAUGUCACUAAUGUUCAGUGCUCACAUGGUGUGUAUUUUGCAGUAAAAUUGUACUUCCAUGACGGUGCCCUCCACAGUGAGAUUAAAUAAUUAAAAAUGUAAUAACUGUAAAUAUAUUUAAUGUGAAGGGGGAAAGAUUUUAUAAGAAUCUGAUAGGCAUAUUUUUCAUAGGGUGCUGGGUGAAUGGAACGAGCUGAUGGAGCAGGUUAUCACAUUGUUUAAGAAGCAAUUAGACAGAUACAUGGAUAGGACAGGUUUAGUGGGAUAUGGGCCAAAUGCAGACAGGUGGGAGUACUGCAGAUGGAACGUAUUGGUUGUUGUUGGCAAGUUGGGCUUAAAGGCUUGUGUUUCCAUGCUGUAUGCCUCUAUGACUAGCUGCCUUCAGAAUGACACUGAGCAUUGCCACAUUUGUGCCAGGUUUACAGUGAUGAGAUGAGGCUUAUCUAAAUGUAUGCAUGGAUUGAAACAGAGUAUACAGAUAAGUACAAGAUAAGGAAAGGUUUAGCGGCCUGUAGUCCAAAGAGGGGCGAUAUGACUAGUGUAGAUGAGGCAACUUGGGUUGAGUUGCUGCUUUACAGCACCAGACACCCGGGUUCAAUACUGAUUAAGAGGGCUGCCUUUGUGGAGUUUGUAUGUUUUCUCUGUGACAGCAUGGGUUUUCUCUGGGUGCUCCAGUUUUCACCUACAUUUGAAAAAUGAGCAGGUUUGUAUUUGGCUUUGGUAAAAAUUAUAAAUUGUCCCUAGUGUGUAGGAUAGUGCUGAUGUAGUGGGUGGGUGAUCACAGCAUGAACUUAGGUUAAUUGGCUUCUGUAAAUUGUUCCCAGUGUGUAGGAGAGAACUUGUGUACAUUGGUGAUUAUUGAUCAGUGUGGACUCAGUGGGUUGAAGGGCCUGUUUCCAUGCUGUAUCUCUAAACCCAAAAUGGCCUUAAUGUGGUUUAUGGUUACUGGUGGUGAGAAAAGAUGGCUAGUUCUUUCACAACUUUACAAACAUUCAUAGAAACAUAGAAACAUAGAAAGUAGGUGCAGGAGUAGGCCAUUCGGCCCUUCGAGCCUGCGCCGCCAUUCAAUAUGAUCAUGGCUUCCAGAGUAUUUAUAACCAGUGUGACGGGUGACACAAUGGCUCUGCUGGUAAAGAUGCUACUUCCCAGUGCCAGAGACCCGGGUUCAAUCAUGACCUCAGGUGCUGUGUGUGGAGUUUGCACGUUGUCCCUGUGACAAUAGACAAUGGACUAUAGGUGCAGGAGUAGGCCAUUCAGCCCUUCGAGCCUGCACCGCCACUCAGUGUGAUCAUGGCUGAUCAUCCCCAAUCAGUGCCCGUUCCUGCCUUCUCACCAUAUCCCCUGACUCCGCCAUCAUUAAGAGCCCUAUCUAGCUCUCUCUUGAAAGUAUCCAGAGAACUGGCCUCCACCGCCCUCUGAGGCAGAAAUCCAGGUCCUUCAUCAUGCUGGUGGCCUUGCCGAGGCAGCGUGAAAUGUAGAUGGAGUCAAUGGAAAGAAGGUUGGCUUGUGUGAUGUUCUGGGCUACGUCCACAACUCUUUACAACUCUAGUUUUGGCUGGAACUGUUCCGAAACCAUGCAGUGAAAGUAACUCAAACUGGGCGCUGCGUUAAACUAUCUGUCUGGAUUUGGUGCUCCAAUCUAUGGAUCAUGAAUCGAUGUCUUCCUGAUUCCAUGGCAAAAGUACAAGCAAUUCUUCCAAAGUCGAAGGACUGAUUUUAUUUUUCAUGUAAAAAUAAGCCGGCAUGUUGGCGCACCAGUAGAUUGUCUACCUUACAGCACCAGAGACCCGGGUUCGAUCCUGAGUACGGGUGCUGUCUGUACGACAUUUAUACGUUCUCCCUGUGACUGCUUGGGAUUUCUCCAGGUGCUCCGGUUUCCUCCCACACUGCAAAGAUGUACAAGUUGGUAGGUUGAUUAACUUCUGUAAAUUUUCACCAAUGUGUAGAAUAGAGAUAGUGUACGGGUGAUAGGUGUUUGGCAUGGACUCAGUGGCCUAAAAGGCAUGUUUCCACGCUGUAUCUCUAAAAAGAAAACCCCAAAAAACAUAUCGUUAAGCUUGGAUUACCAGCAAAGAAAACGUGACACAGAUUUUAGUUUUAACAUACAUUUUCAAUGCACGUUGGCCUCCUAUUUCACACUGUUUGGCUGCACUUGCUGUGCCCUUGUAGUUAAUCACACAAUCCCAUGGCAGUGUUCAUGGGCAGAUAUUGGCAUCAUUGCCUCUCUACUUCCGAACAUAUCCCUCUCCGAUUCUUUCUUCCUCAUAUCUCUUUACAUUCUAUCCCGUGCUUAGGUCUGCUCAGUGGCACAGGCUGUAGAGCUUCUACACCUCCAGCCAGGCUCACUGUGAACUUCCUCCUGGUACUCAGGUUUCCUCCCACAACACAAGUGCAGACAGAUUGGCAGGUUAAUUUGCCCCUAGUGUGUGGGAGAAUUAUAACAUCUGGAGGAGGAGUUGGCACAAAACUGGGGAGAAUGGUUCAAUGACUCUUUAUUUUCACGUAUGCAUUGCACAGUGAAAUUCUUUUUGUGUCGCCUACACAGGCACAGGUUGCCAUAUUUUAGCGCAAAUAGUGGAACUGGUGACCCAUGGAUUGGAAUGGACUUCAUUGGUCAAGAGACCUCUUUCCAUGACUCGAUAAUAAAAAGCAGCAUCCAAAGUCGCAAAUGCUUUGGGAAUAAUAACCAUUACACUUAAUGAAUAAAUGUAUAAUAUAUCAAAGGCACAAUAUAUUUAACAUUUUCCUCAAAUGAGAUGCAAAUUUCUGUUGUGUAUUGUUAGUAAUUCUAGUUCUGCCAUGCCUUGCUGAUUGGUUCUGAAUAAAACAACAAUCAAUUAAUGUAAAUCUAGUAACGACAUAUUACCAAUCAUAAAAGACCUGGCAAUAAAAUAAAAGGAUGAGAAUUUCAAUGAAAACCCUUUCCCCUUCCCGACUCUCUUCCUCUUCUAUUCUUUCCUCAGGCUUCACAUUUGAUGGCUCUUUUCUCAUUGUCUUCUUAUCUCAUUAACGUUUGUGUUUUCAACACUGGCCUUUGUCCAACCAUGUGCCAAACUAUAUCCCCCCCCUUCACCUAUAUCCAUCCAUCACUUGCCAGGCCCCGCCUUCAUGGCCCCAUCACUUCCUGCCCCCACCUCUAUUCCAGCUUUCUCUUUCCUCCCCAGGACGAUCCAUCUUUGUGUCUAUCUGUAGUUUCCUGUGAAUAAACACAAAAUGCUGGAUAUUUCAGGUUGAGACCCUUCUUCAGACUCUAGUCUGAAGAAGGGUCUCGACCCAAUACGUCACCUAUUCCUUUUCUCCAGAGAUGCUGCAUAACCCCCUGAGUUAUUCCAACUUUUGGUGUCUAUCUUUGGUGUAAACCAGCAUCCGCAGUUCCUUCCUUCACAUGCAGUUCCUCGUUUAAGCUUAGGUUGGGCAUCAGUGGAGCUCUGUCAAACACAGAAGUUAAGGCGGGAGGGUAAUCCAGUGACAUGCAAAUGGAGGUUUAAGAUUCAUAUCUUUGCUGUAACCAGAAUGAUUGUGAAAUCCACAAUCUGAGUUUGGUGUGUCCAGGCUAGAGAACACUGCAUCCUGGGCAUGGUAUGCAGGGCAAUUUGGAAGAGCUACAAGUGAAUUAUUGCUUCACGUAGAAGGAGCAGUUGGGUCCUGGAAAAGAAAUAUAUCAGGAUUAGGAAUGGUGACCCUACCUUUGCACAGUCAAAGUGAGUUAUCUAAUGUACAUGAAGCCUCUCCAUGUACUAUGCACUGAAAUGUCCUGUCGUAUCCGCCCCAAUAUAUUUUCACCAAUCAUCAUCACUAAAACAGAUCCACCUUGUCAAUGUCAUCUUGCUUUAUGUGACUUUAUUAAGUUUAGAGAUACAGCAGCACGGUGGCACAGCGCCAGGGACAUGGGUUGGAACCUGACCACGGGUGCAGUCUGUUCGGUGUUUGUAUAUUCUCCGCGUGACCGCGUGGGUUUUCUCCGGUUUUCAACCCUCACUCCAAAGAUGUGCAGGUUUGUAGGUUAAUUGGCUUCAGUAAAAUUGCAAAUUGUCCCUAGAGUGCAGGAUAGUGUUAAUCAGUGGCGGACUGGCCAGGGUGUCAGCUUGCCCGAUGGCAAGUGGGCCUCUGAUGAAGUGAUAGCAAGUGAUGGCAAGUGGGCCUCUGAUGAAGUGAUAGCAAGUGAUGGCAAGUGGGUCCCUGUUAAAUGAUUGCAAGUGAUAGCAAGUGGGCCCCUGUUAAAUGAUAGCAUUGUAGUUGUGGGUGGGCCCCCUUUGUCUCCUGGCAACUAAUAUUUUUAGACCCAGUCCGCCACUGGUGUUAGUGUACGGGGAUUGCUGGCCAGUCAGCAAGGACCAGUGGCCAAAGGGAUUGUUUCUGCACACAAUCUCUAAAGCCUAAAGUAUAGUCCAAAGCAGUGCUUCUUAAACUAUUUCAGUGUCAUUCUUUAUCACAUUAUUGAGUCUUUAUCACAAAAUUUUAUUCACCCUCGACUAAAUUUUCUUAUGGUUGUUUUUGGUAAUUUUCAUCAUAUUCUCCCUUGUGUAUAAUUUAUAUGUAAUUUAUUUUGUCACAUGAACAAAAUACAUAAAUUGACUCAUUUCUUAAGUGUUUAUUUUAUUUGACUUUUUGAACAUCUUAAAAAUCUGUGAAGAAAACUAGGAGUGAAAAUAAAAGUUUAAUUACCACUGGGGUUGGAAAAUCAUUCUAUUAGAAUGAUAAAGAAAACAUUCCAACGUCUAAACACUGGGCUUCAGGCCCAUCCUACCCUUUCGGGCUAGUUGACCUGAUCCACACUGCCUCUAAGUUCGAGAUUCAAUCCUGACCUCGGGUGCUGUCUAUGUGGAGUUUGCACGUUCUACGUGUGACCCUGUGGGUUUUCUUCUGGCGCUCCAGUUUUCUCCCACGUCCACAAAACAUUACGUUGGCGGUGCACUACAAAAUGCACCUGGUACUCAAGUGAGUUGUAGAAUGUGGUAGGAAGGUGGGGAGAAUUCAAUAGGAUUAGUGUGGGGUUGGCGUGCUUGGGCGCGGACUUGAUGGCUGUAUAGAGCGCCAGAGUGUGCCGCCUGUAUGCCUAUUUCUCUGUGCUAUAUGCUUAUGGAGGACGCUGUAUUUUUUCCUUUCUUUUCCACAGGCUUUCAGCUCACAAUACUACCAUUUAAUAACGCGAGCGUGUAUCGCCCCAGAAGCAAUUACCACAUGGUAGUCUGCGCUGCAUAAAUGAAUGGGCAAUUUGCACCUGGGUUCUCGAAGCUGUCCCUUUGAUCACCAGAGUUCUUUGAAAAUCAAGUCUGAUGUGAAUGUAACCCCGCUUCCCACUGCCGAUCGUUCGCGGCGACAGUCGGCACGAAGAAGAUGCAGAUUGGUAGUAACUUUGUACAGACACGUGCAAUGGUCAACGAGGGAUUUUGAUUUCCUAGUUAUAGAUUGUAUGUAGAGCAGGCAAUGACGCAACUUUGGCGCGUCAGAUCUCUGCCAGACCCACUCCCAGUCAAUGCAAACGUGCUUUAUGUGGAGCCGUUAUUAAUCGGGUACAUACUGUACAUUCUCUCUCUCUCUCCCUCGCUCCCCUUUCCACCCUCCCUCUCUCUCCCCAUCUAUCUAUCUAUCUAUCUAUCUAUCUAUCUAUCUAUCUAUCUAUCUAUCUAUCUAUCUAUCUAUCUAUCUAUCUAUCUAUCUAUCUAUCUAUCUAUCUAUCUAUCUAUCUAUCUAUCUCUUUCUCAUUCUCGGCGACUUUAGCUUUUAUUUUAAAUAAUAAGAAGUGUUAUGCUGGUGGAUAUCUAAUUCAUCAGCCGAGAGACGGGGAGCAGUAGAGAGAACUGUUCACAGGGGAUAAACGCGUUCACUCCAAACUCAAUCGCAGGACAAAGCAAGUAAGAGCAGCAUCGCGAUUCAGCACCGCGGGUGGAGGACAGCGUGCGGCGUUUCAGCACCACGAGUGGAGGACAGCGACCUGCGAUUCAACGCCUCGGGACUGCUACUCAGCGGGGCCUUCAUCCAGAGCAGGUUGAGGGGGGACAUGAGAAGCGGUUGAGGUGUGGGGGAACUGCUUUCAAUUCAGAUAUAACUCUCCGGAUCCGGGAGGAGGGAGGGGAGAGAGGAGGGGAGAGACCAUGUCUGGCAGCCCUGUAACGUGGCUCAUGAACAUGACCCACUGGGUCGGCGGUGACCCUGGAAUGAGUGGCCCCACAGCGGGCUCUCCAGCCGCAGGUAGACCGCCGAAUCUCUUCGCCUUCUGCCUCACCCUCAUCUCCACCCUCCUGAUUCUCCUGGGAAGCGUCUACUCACUGGUUUGCCUGUACAGGACGAGGAACAAGACUCCCCUGGUGAUGAUCGUGGCCUCGCUCUCCGCGGACGAUCUCCUCUACGUGGUGGCUUUGACCGUGUUCGCAGCCGUCCAGUGGGCGAGCGAGUCGGCGGCCAACUCCGUUUGCCCCGCCGCGGCCGUCCUCUACUUCCUACACGGGGUCUCCAUCGCUCUCAAGUCUUCACUGAUUGUCAUCUAUAACUAUUUCACCACCAGACUCACCGGUCUUUGCAAAGGGGGGCGGGCACAUGUCCCCAUCCCCUGGAUCUUGGCGACUAUCUGGACCUUCAGCCUGUUAACGUGCCUGUUGCCAGUAUUCGGAUGGGGCUCCUACAUCCCGACGCCCUGGGGAUGCCUUCCCGACCACAGGAGCUCCUAUGUGGCCUUUCUCUUCGGUUUAUACUCCAUGUGCUUCGUUGUCCUCAUUGGCUUUUCCGUCCCUCUCGUCUACAAACUGCUCUGUUCCGACUGGCAACAUCAGGGACCCUUUUCUCCCAAUUACCACGAGGUGGCUACGGUCAGCAAAGUCUCCUUCUCGGAGGACCCGGCGGACAGGACUUUAACGACCGGUGGGAACUGGGGCAAUGGUGUCCAUAGUCGCCCCGAGGCCUCCCAUUCACCGCCCUGCCUCAGCGAGAGCUUUGGGUCCACGAACCAAGCCGUAAUUGUUGCUCAGAAACGUUUUGCCUUGAUUUUAGCCAUGAGUAAGAUUGUACUGUGGCUGCCUCUGAUGAUACGACUGCUCGUCAAUCAUAUCACCGAACACGAGGACGAGUCCUUCGAGAUUCUUGGGUACUUCCUGACCUUACUGGCAGCCGCUAUAACUCCGCUGUUUGUGCUGUCGGAACGGUGGAUACAUCUGCCGUGUGGUUGCUUCAUCAACUGCAGCAAGAAUGUGUACUCGGUUGCUGCAAAGCCGGCUAAAGGUAAACGUAAGGACUUUGAAUUCAACCUGUCAUUGCAACAAAGCUAUGGGAUUUACAAGAUCUCGCAAGAAUGUAACUGCACUGGCCAGGAAAGUAAAUCUCUGUCCCACCACAACCUUGUCGAACAUCCAUCCGGCUGCUGUAAGUUUCUUCCUGGUCGGAACCAGGAGAUGGUUUGCGAAGCACCAGCGGAAAUCAGCACCACGGCCCCGUUGGACAGUUCCCCACGGACGAAUCCACACAAAGAUAACACAAGCCAGGACAAGAACACGGGACAAUCGCUUUCUGGCUCCCCGGACGGUGCAGAAGACAAACUAACGCAGGAGGAAGGGCGUAAACCAGAACUCGUGGACUGGGAGUGGUAUCGUAGUAAAUCAGAAAGGACUCCAAGACAGAAACCCAGUGCGCUGUCGAUCCCCGUGUGCGCCUUCCAAGGAAUGGUGUCGCUGCACGCGCCCUCAACUGGCAAGACCCUCUCGCUGUCCACGUACGAGAUCAGCGGCGAUGGGCGGAAGAUCACUCCGCUGGCCAAGAAGGUGGAGGUUUACCGCUCCAAGAGCGUGGGCCACGAGCCGAGCAGCGAGGACUCACCGGGCAGCUUGGCCGACACCAACGUCAAGAUCCACCUGGAGGUGCUGGAGAUCUGCGAGAACGAGGAGGUGUUGGAUACGGUCUCCAUCGUCAGCAACAUCAGCCAGUCCUCUGCCCAUGCCCGCUCGCCUUCCCUGCGCUACUCCCGCCGCGAGAACCGCUUCGUCUCCGUGGACCUGACGGAGUCGGCCUCCUACUCCCUGCUCAUCCCCACCAACCGCUCCGGCAGCGACAUAAGCAUCUCCAUCCCCGACACGGUGGAAGCUCACCGGCGGAACAGCCACAAGCAACACCAGGACAGGUCCGGCUACCAGGAAGAGAUCCAGCUCCUCAACGAGGCUUACAGGAGGCAGGAGGAAGCAUCGAAAAACUGCUGACCCAUGCAGGGACCAGUAUUAGUUUAGUUUAGUUUUGGAGAUACAGUGUGGAAACAGGCCCUACAGCCACCAAGUCCAUGCUGACCAGCGAUCACCCAGGUGCAGCAAUAGAGUUGCUGCCUUACAGCGGGUUCAAUCCUCACUACGAGUGCUGUCUAUACGGAGUUUUAAGUUCUCCCUGUGACCACAUGAGUUUUCUCCGGGGGCUCCAGUUUCCUCCCACACUCCAAAGAUGUACAGGUUUGUGGGCUAAUUAGCUUGGUGAAAUUGUAAAUUGUCUUCAGUGUGUGUAGGCUAGUGUUAGUAUGCGGGGAUCGCUGGUCGGCACGCUCUCGAUGGGCUGAAGGGCCUGUUUCUGCGCUGCAUCUCUAAACUAAACUAAACAAAAAC